AUGCUGGCGACGAACGCGUCCAUCGUGGCGGCCAUCGUCCGCCAGCGCCGCCGCCUCGCCGGCGUCUCCCUGUCGGCGCGCUUCGCCGCCAACCUCGCGGCAGCAGACGCGUUCGUCGGCGCUGCCACCGUCUUCUACCUGUCCUACCGCUACGUGUGCGCCUCGCGGGUGGGGCUCGGUGGCUACAAGUACACGUGCGUGUUACGCUUCGUGGUCGUCAGCAGCGCCCACAUGACCUCGGCCUACAGCCUCGUGGCCAUAGCUGUCGACCGCUACAUCGCAGUUGUGCACGCACUCCGCUACAAGGAAAUCAUGAACGUCAGGCGAUGGGCUGUCAUAAUCGCAACUGUAUGGCUGGCCUCCAUAAUGAUAAAUCUAUCACUCUUUGCGUGGAAUAAAUGGGAGCCUGGAGCUGAAUGCGAACUGGACAAAAUCGUUCCUCUGGGUUACAUGAUAGCAGCCGGGAUCGCAACCCACGGCGGCAUCAUCGUGGUCGUGGCACUGGUGCAUUACCGGAUUCACAGGGAGGCAGUUGCGGUGAAGUGCCGACGACUGACGGGCGACAACCAGCCAUGCCCCGGGGGGUCGGCGGCCAACGUGCUGCGACGCACCAUGAACACCAAGUCUGCUCGCGUCCUCCUUCUCGUUACCUGCGUCUACCUGGGCUGCUGGGCGCCCUACACGCUUCUCUAUCUCGUUAAGGUCUCCGGAAUCUCAUCCCCAGCCAUCGACCUUGCCCAGAACCUCGCCUAUACUUUCGCCAACAUGAAUUACCUCGUCAACCCAUUCAUCUAUUCGUGGAAGAACGCGAAUGUUCGUCAGUGUAUUGUGAGGACCCUCCAAGACCUGGGACUGUACGACAAAUCUGUAUUGAGUAAUGCAGUCAAGAGUAAUGUUUCUGACAGGAGGACUAGCAGCAGGACACCGUCGAGUGAGCAAAUUAUUCCUACUUAGUGGUCCAUCAUUCCAGUGUUUCGUUUAUCAAUGAGGAUUCAUCAUUCGAUUCGUACAGAAGUGUGCUACCGGUAUUUUGUAAAUGGACGAAGUAGCAGGAGAAACGACCUGUUGAAAAAUGUCGUUUGUCCGUCGUCAGUGUCAGUGUAAUGUGCAAAAUCUGUUGAAAAAUGUCCAUCCAAAGUGCAUUUCGGCAACAGUCAGAUACGUGUCCAGAACAUUACCAUUGUAUAAGAAAGAUAUAGCAUAUAAUUAGUAAGUGCUAUUCUGAACCAAUUUCCUUUCCUUUUUUGUGUAUAUAGUGUUUUAAAUUAUCACCAGAGAACCUCCUACAAGUACGGAUUUUACACAUGCGUAAAGACAUAAUUAUGAAGGGGACCGUUUGUGUAAUCUUCGAAAACGUGACUGUAAUUAAUAACUGAGUUGAAAGACAUUAUAAAGCACACUGACGUUCUUAGAAUAAGAAUUAGUAACAAAAAUGUUAGAUUUUAUGCAUUGGCUUUCUUCUCCUACCUUUUUUUAGUAAUAACACCCUAUGUUUAAAUUUUACUACAUAAAACAUGAAUUUCAAGAAUCCUCUUUUGAUAUAGUAAUUGGUGAACAUCUCAUUCACAAACUGGAAAUGGGUACAGUUGAUAAUGUAAUCACACAUGUGUGUGUGUGUGUGUGUGUGUGUGUGUGUGUGUGUGUGUGUGUGUGAGAGAGAGAGAGAGAGAGAGAGAGAGAGACAGAGAGAGAAAGAGAGAUAAGAACGUAUUGGUCCUUUUAAUUUGAUGGUGUAACUACGGUCAACUGUUUCCUGUGUCAAAUUUACAUUCGAUUUUCCUCUUUUACUUAUUGUAAAGUACUUGUUGAAUUCUUAAAUAUACAGUCAAUCACAUAACUUUUGUCAGUGUAAGCGACAGCACCAAACACAAACGGAGCUCUGUCUCCCUCACUUUCCUUCUUUUUCUACAUUUUGUCUCUUGUUGCAUUAAUUUAUUGAAUAAUAUAUUUGAGAUUUUUUACAUUAAUGGACAUAAUUCCCAGCUUAAAUCUGUGAGUGUUUCUAUUUUUCUACAUAAUCAGUCAUAGCAUACCUCUAGUGAUUAAUAACUCACUAAGUAGCUGUUUUUAAUUUCCAUUAUCAUACCUGUAGUUGAAGAAUCUAAGUUUUAGUCCUAACUCUACAUUUCAGAUACAGUGCACCCACAUCUACUAUGUGAACUUUCGUUACAUCAUGCUCACUAUUACCAAACAUACACCAAAAUGUAAACAAUCAGGCAACGCUGUCACUGAUAUACCAGUGUGAACAUAAACACAUCCUGCAUCAAACCAAAUGAGGCUCUGAGAACCAUUAGAGCAUUAAGCGCAGAAACGAAGUGUGGAGAAAAAUAGAUGUUUGUGAAUAUGAAAUUCAUAUGCCAACCAACUGUCUCAUUGGUGUGAACUGUGUUUCGACCAAACUCCAGCAUCCUAUAUAUCCUAGGAAAAGUAGGGUGCAUCCAUUUUAUGUUAUGAAACAUUAAUUUAUGUUUAGGAUUUUAUGUAUUAUUAAUGUUAAUUCACAAAAUUUAUAUAUUUAGGAUAGUAAGAACAGUAUCUUUUCAUAGUUGCAAUGUUUGUGACUGAUGUGAAAUUAGAAUCAGAACAUAAAGAAUAGAUACUAAGUGUGGCACACACACAAUAAAUAUGACCUUUUUCAACACAUCAUGGUGCUCGUCAUCAUCAUACUAGUUAAACACAUUCUGUGUUACAGGUGAAAGUGCUGACACACAUCUGAUUAUGAAGUAUGACUACGGCGUGUAUGAUGUAGCACUAAAUGAGAAGUGCAAAAAUACUAAAUUAUGCUUUGUGCCUUUGGACCGUAUGGAAAUUGAAUAUCCAAGAAAUCAGUGACACAACUUUUUGUAAAUGUUCAUAUAUUAAGUGUAGAUACAGAUAUAGUGUGGAUAUAGAUGUAGGUGAAGCUGGUUCACCAUACAAUCUACAGGUAACACCUUGAUCCAUACAUGCCACAGUCUCAAAACUGAUAACAGUGUGCUUUAGACCCUUGUGGUUCUCAGAACCUCAAAUGUUUUAUUUUAUCUGCUUAACCAGCAACUUAUUUUUCACAAUUUAUUUGGCUGUGGUUCUUGGUACUAGAUGAACUGACUUAAUUUAGAUGAUAUAAAAUGAUUUGUGCGUAGAUUUUAAUUCUUGCCUCACCACAGAAUAAUGAAUAUUUCAGUCUACUAAAGUAAAUGUUGUGUAUUUGAAAUUAUUUUAUGUAUCUAAAUUGAUAUCUGUUGGAUACCAUUUUCCAGACUGUCUCUUUUCUCCUUCAUCUAAUUAAUAAUAGUAAUAUGAAGUAGUUAAAAAUCAAGUUUUCAGUAAGUUCCUCUACAAAAGAAAAUUAUGAAACAAUCAGUACACAAAUUUGUACAUAAAAUACUACAUUUCUUAAAUUGGACUACCUGUUUUCUAUUUUUGAAGAAAGAAGUUUUAAAUCGUCUAUAUAUUCUCAGAAGUAUCUAGAGAGUACGAUAAAUGUCGUUUUUGAUAAGGUUCUUUUGGGUUAACAUGUUCUGUGUUUAUCUUUGUUUGAUGGGU